UUCAUUACAAAACCAACACCAACAGUUGGAUGUGCUGCGGUGGGUACGUCCACGGCUAGCACAGUUCGCAUUUACAUCCUCGCAGCAUCGCUGUCCGCGCGCGUUUACCAAAUACUUUCGUUCGUGAGCCAUUCGUUUUGGUUGCAGGUCGCACACACCGGUAAUUAAUUACUCUCACUGCACGCGCGUGAAUAGAUUUAUUAAUUAGCAUAGGUUUAGUCAAAUUUGUGUGACAAAUAUCUCUUAAAACCGUUGAAAACUCUUCAAUUUACAUCUUAUUACAUUUAAAACUGGAUUUUUCAAUCAUGAAACUACUUACCGUACUUAUCCUAGCAGUGUGCAUCUCGAAAGCACCUGCGAAACAAGAAGCAGACAACAGUAACAUUAUCCCAAGUACCGAUAUCUGCCAAACUAAAGAGACUGACGAACAAAUUCACUGUUUCUGUGAUCAAGGAGGUGAUCCCAAAGUGGUCAAGAUAGAAUGUUGGAUUGUCGGUGGUAAUCUAACACAAGACUACAACUACUGGAAGUUACUCCACAACCAGCCACAUGUGAAAUCGUUGCGAAUGAUGGUGAAACCACGCGGUAACCUGACAUUCCUUCCGCAACGUGUGUUGACCCACCUGGGGAGUUACAGAAGUUCGAAAUAAGCCACGCCACGAUUGAUGACAUACCCUCGCAUACUUUCGCGAACAUGUCAGCACUGACACUUGUCAAGCUGGACCGCAAUCAAAUUGCUUCCAUCGCGGCGAAUGCCUUUGCCCACUUGCCCAACCUUACCGAGGUGAAUCUCGAUGAGAAUCGAGUGCGUGAGUUGCGUAGGGGCGUGUUCGUCGACGUGCCGGCAUUGCACACGUUGUUCAUCACAAGGAACAAUAUGAGUAUUAUUCAUGACGGUGCUUUUGAGCACUUGCACAACUUGGCGGAGUUGGAACUCUCUGGGAAUGACAUUUCGGUGCUCACCAAGGACACUUUCCUAGGUUUAGCAAAUCUGCGAAAACUGGAUUUAGGUUUUAACAGUGUAUCAAUGCUAGGAGAUUAUACUUUUUCUGAGACACCAAUGUUAGAAGAUCUUUUGUUAGAAUCUAAUAAUAUACAACUUAUUACCGAGAAAGCUUUCACGGGACUUGGAAAUUUACGAAAACUGAUAUUGUCGCACAAUAAAAUUACCAGUCUACCAUCAAGGGUUUUUGAAGGUGUGCCAAAUUUGUUCUAUCUGGAUCUAAAGACCAACUUUUUGGACACUUUAACAUACGAAACAAUGCGUCCCAUUCUGCAUAAUUUGAUCAACACGACAAGCUAUUUUCUAGUCGAUGUUAAUCAAUUCACGUGUGACUGCCGCCUGGCGUGGAUACAUCGUCUUCAUAAUCAAACUGAGAGUAAUUCAAUACGAGGGGAACUCGAAUCCAUGCUGUGCCGUUUUGCCCGAAACGAAACGGAGCAGGAGGACUCUGUCAAAGUAACCACGAUGUUACCAUCAGCAAAAGGCAGUGAUUCCGAUGAUGUAGAAUACGAAUACGAGUACUACGACGAGCUGCAAGGACCGUCCGAUACCAGCCGACUUCUGCAAAUACCGCUCAACGAACUGCCUUGUACGCAGGACGAGCUCGCCUCGGAAGAAUUGCGUCAGAUUAUGAACGUGCCAAAGGAUAGUGUUAAUUCAAUAGGGAUUCCUCGACCAGAUUUGUAUCUCAUCGCAGUGAUCGCGUGUGCGGUUUGUAAUUGGAUUUAAAAAGUGUCAUGAAUUGCAGAUGACCUUGUACAGAUAAUAUAAAUUUCCCAGACCCAGAAGCUAGAAUAUUGUAUGUAUGCACCAACAUGACCUAGGACGUUAAUUAAUCAAUAAAUGGCAGUGGGUUUUUGUACUUUAUUCUAAACCAAACGCGACGCUUAUAACCACGUACUAGCAGUAUUUUUUUUGUAAAUUACUUGUUUCAUCUUACCGAAUAAAGCAAAAAAGUCAUCUGGUUGUUUAA